CUCUCCAGUACUACUCAAAACCCCUACCUCUGACGCCAUGGUCAGCUCCUGUUGUGGCUCUGUCUGCUCUGAAGAGGGCUGUGGCCAAGGCUGCUGCCGCCCCAGCUGCUGUGUGUCCAGCUGCUGCAGACCCCAGUGUUGCCAGUCUGUGUGCUGCCAGCCAAGCUGCUGCCGCCCCAGCUGCUGCAGACCCCAGUGUUGCCAGUCUGUGUGCUGCCAGCCAAGCUGCUGCCGCCCCAGCUGCUGCAGACCCCAGUGUUGCCAGUCUGUGUGCUGCCAGUCAAGCUGCUGCCGCCCCAGCUGCUGCAGACCCCAGUGUUGCCAGUCUGUGUGCUGCCAGCCAAGCUGCUGCCGCCCCAGCUGCUGCAUCUCCAACUGCUGUCAACCAUCUUGUGGUGGUUCUAGUUGCUGUGGCUCCAGCUGCUGCCGCCCCUGUUGCCGCCCCUGCUGCUGUCUGAGACCAGUCUGCGGUCAGGUCUGCUGUCAAACCACUUGCUACCGCCCCACCUGUGUCAUCUCCACCUGCCCCCGCCCCAUGUGCUGUGCCACCCCCUGCUGCUGCUGA